GAAAGUCCGGCCGGAUAUCCGGGUUCGCUCCAGCUGCCGCUCAGCUCGUCCGUCCGUGGCUCCGUGGGGGGGUUUUUAACACCCAGCGCCGCGACGAGCCGGUUCAUUUUCUCGGGAGGUGGGAGCUUUUUUCCGCCCGCCGUCGCCAGGAGGAGGCAGCUCGCCUACGGCCAGCGGCAGAAGGAGGAGCAGGACGAGCGGAAACCCGGCGGCUAUGCCAGCGGCUCGGACCCGGAGCGGAGGCGUCCUCUUCGAGCUGCUGUAGCCGUUAGCUCGCUGCUGUGGCUCCGCUGCGCCGAAGCUACAACGGGCUUUUUGUUCUGCUGCCGGACAGCCUCUGCAUGACAAACCGUCCCCUCUGUUCCGAGCGGACAGGGCGGUAGCACAGCGGCCGCUUUAUAGGGAAACGUGUCAAGGAGACACAUCCCCCCCCCCACACACAUACACCCCUCCCUACCUCCGAGGUUGUGAACCCCAGCCGCGGGGCUAACACCCCCGGUCAGCGAGCGAAUUCAUGGCCGGAAAUCCGAGGAGGGGCGCCGGGCUCAUCGGCUUGAUGAAGGACGCCUUUCAGCCGCACCAGCAGCCGCUGCAGCCUCACCAGCCCGCCGUGGUCGAUAAGAAAAUGGUGGAGAAAUGCUGGAAGCUCAUGGAUAAGGUGGUGCGUUUGUGCCAGAACCCCAAGGUGGCGCUGAAGAACAGCCCGCCUUACAUCCUCGACCUGCUGCCGGACACCUACCAGCACCUGCGCACCAUCCUGUCCAGGUACGAAGGCAAGAUCGAGAUCCUCGGGGAGAACGAGUAUUUCCGCGUGGUCAUCGAGAACCUCACCAACAAGACCAAGCAGACCAUGAGCCUCUUCAAGGAGGCCAAGGAGCGGAUGUACGAGGAGAACUCCCAGGCCAGGAGGAACCUCACCAAACUGUCUCUGAUCUUCAGUCACAUGCUCGCCGAGCUAAAGGCCAUCUUCCCCAAUGGCCUGUUUCAGGGCGACAACUUCCGGAUUACCAAAGCUGACGCUGCCGAAUUUUGGAGAAGGUCAUUUGGAGACAAGACCAUCGUACCCUGGAGGAUGUUCCGCCAGGCUCUCCACGAGUUUCACCCCAUAAGUUCAGGUUUGGAGGCCAUGGCGCUCAAAUCCACCAUCGACCUCACCUGCAACGACUACAUCUCUGUGUUUGAGUUCGACAUCUUCACCCGACUCUUCCAGCCGUGGUCGUCUCUUUUGAGAAACUGGAACAGCCUGGCAGUCACGCAUCCAGGCUACAUGGCCUUCCUGACGUACGACGAGGUCAAGGCUCGCCUGCAGAGAUUCAUCCACAAACCUGGCAGCUACAUCUUCAGGCUGAGCUGCACCCGGCUGGGACAGUGGGCCAUCGGCUACGUGACGGCCGACGGGAACAUCCUGCAGACCAUUCCCCACAAUAAGCCGCUCUUCCAAGCUCUCAUCGAUGGAUACAGAGAGGGAUUCUAUCUUUUCCCAGACGGCCGUGCCCAAAACCCAGACCUGACGGGGCUGUGUGAGCCUUCUCCUCAGGACCACAUCAAAGUUACUCAGGAGCAGUACGAGCUGUACUGUGAGAUGGGCUCCACCUUCCAGCUGUGCAAGAUCUGUGCAGAGAACGACAAGGAUGUAAAGAUCGAGCCCUGCAGGCACCUGAUGUGCACCUCCUGUCUGACCGCCUGGCAGGAGUCGGAGGGCCAAGGCUGCCCGUUCUGCCGCUGUGAGAUCAAAGGCACCGAGCCCAUCGUGGUGGACCCCUUCCACCCCAAGGCCAGCGGGGCUUCCUUCGCCGGCUUCCAGGCCUCCAGCAGAGCGGAGGCGACGGGAAACGACGAGGAGGAGGACGAUCGGCUGGAGGACCAGCACCUCGUUAUGAGCAGGCUGGCCUGCAGUAAGGUGGACCGUCCGGCGUCUCCGGUGUCUCAGCUGCCUCCGGUGCCUCCGCGGCUGGACCUCCUGCAGCAGUGGUCCUCCAGCUCCCACACGCCUCUGGGUCAGGGCGCCACGGCCAAGAUUGCAGUCACUCACAGAGACAAGCCUCUACCUCCGCCUCCUGCUGUGAGGGAGCUGCCCCCUCCUCCUCCUCCCGAGCGACCGUCUAUCCCCAUCCAGGACUCCAGACUGCAGAGGAGACCCCUACCCUCCACCCCUGACCAGCCUGCCUGGGCCGCCAACUACAUGGUUCCUCGCCCCGCCACCAAGGCCUCCGUCCCUCAGAGCAGCGGCGCCGACGGGGACGGAAUCAGGACCCAAGUAGCCACCAACCCCACCUACUGCAUGGCGACCAGAUCUCCGGUUCCAUCAGUGGCCUCAGCUGGAGAGAAGCCGCCGUCAGACGGGGAGGAGAACGAGUACAUGAGUCCCACCUCCCUCCCGCUCUCCAACACCCCCUGGGUCAUUUCAGGCUCGCUGGUGCCUCCACCCCCGACCAAGACCAGCAACCACAACGACGGCAGCGAGGGGGCCGAGGACGAUUCUGAUGACCCUCAAGUGUACGAAUCCAUGUUCAACAUCCAGAGUCAGGCUGGCUCCUCUGAUGCGACUCAGGCGUCUGAACCGGAGCUCCCUGCGCCUCCAGCUGUGGUUCCCCAGGACAAAAACGAAGACACGAGUGCGGAGGACGUUUAUGAGUACGACCGUCCCCGGCCGCUUGUCCCCCCCGCCCCCACCAGGAGGAACCUGUCUGAAAUCAGCUGUCCCUCUCCAGCCUUCAGCUCGCUCAGCAUGGACGCCUCAGCAGAGGCCGGUACGUUUGCUGAAUCUGAUCGGCCUCCCAGACCCCUCCCACGCAGAGCCAACUCUGACCGACGCCCUCGGCCUUUCAACCGGGACCUUUCCACUCCGCUGCCGGAGCUCCCCGGCCCCUCCUCUGCCUCGCCGCCGCCCCCUCCUCUUCCUCCCCCGCCCCCGCCCGGCGCCGCCGCUGCUGCUGCCGGGAACCAGGCCCUGAACGGUGAGAUCGAAUGCCUGAUAUCCCAAGGCUACUCCAUCCAGGACAUCCAGAAAGCCCUGAUGAUCGCCCAGAACAACCUGGAGACGGCCAAGAACAUCCUGCGUGAGUUCGUCUCCGUCCCCUCCACGGCUCACAUCGCCACAUAGUCGCUCAGGUCCGGCUCACUCCCCCCCCCCCCCCCCCCCCCAUGUCUCCGCUUCGUGCCAUUAUUGUGGACAGCAUUAGCCGAGCACUUUCCUGCAAGGACUUCCCUCUGAGGGAGGACGCCAGACAAACAUCCAAAGUUAAUUGUAAUCAACUGCGUCAGGUAUUAUUUUGCUUUUUCUAAAAGGAUUUCCUGUGACUGAUGCUGAAGCCUCAACAUUUACUCCAUACCGCCCCCCGCUGGAGAUGGAAGGAACUGGAUUCCCCAUCAGCAGACUGCUUCACCUGGCUGGGCUUAGAUGGCCUAAAACAUGUAAAAAGGAGCGAACAGAAGUCUGUGGCGUGUGAGUUAGUGCGCCGGAGAGCGUCGGUGGCCGGUCGUGCCUCGUUAGGUCUCAGUACCCCCCCCCCCCCCCCCCCC